GGAUGUUCCGUUUCUUUCUUUUUCUUCAGGGUGCCAUCAGAAUAUGUUUCCCCUUUCAGCACAGUUGUUGGAUUACUUUCCAAACUGGAUUUGACUGGAAACUCCCAGCAUCUUGGCUCUGGAAUUACAAAUCUCAUUUACUGCAACUGGGAGGCAACGUGCUGUGAUGUGAACUUACGUUGCCUGCCAUGCACCCCACGGGCAGCACAGAUCCUGGCUUUUCCCGCACUGCUGUGCAAACCCUGUCUCGUAGCCACUGCCGGAACAUUAAACAAAAGAUUUCUCAGUGGGAGGGUCGGACUCAAGGGGGCUGCCAGGAGGAAAGACAGAAGCCCCAGGACUUUGCGGUCAAGUAUGGUCAAGAGAGCAGGAGACAGACGGUGGGACUUGGGCACAGCAGGCAUUCAGAAGGACUAGCAAACAUUCAGAGCCUUGGCUUAGAUUUCCGGGAAAACUCUCGCCUCUGCUGUGUGACUGAGGAGGAAGAGGAGAGGCUCCAAGAGGCUCCAGAGAGUCCCUUGGUUGAGCAGCUCCCCAAUGGUGUUAUAUCUGAAGGAGAGGAUGAGGCGGACUGGCAGGGGGAGAGGCUCCCUCCAGGGAACUUCUACACCUCACGGGAGCUGUGGAAACAGAUAGAAGCCCUUCCUCCUGACCAAAUCCUCUCUCUGGCUUUGGACCUGAAAAGAAAGCGGGAAAGCUGUGGCUCAACAGAGAAGGAGCUGAACCUGGCUCCAACAAAGAGCUUGGAUAACAUCUACUGUGAUGUUGAAGGCCAGGACGGGCGGCCAGCGAUCAAUCCAGUACCCAAACCACGAAGGACUUUCCGAUACCUGUCUGAGAAGGACCACACAGAUUGCCCUAAUGGAGGCUAUGCCGAGAGGAAGGCGCCAGAACAUCAGUGUAAUGGUGGCUGUCCUGCCUCAACCUCCCAUGACUCUGGGCAGAGAGUGGCCAGCAGAGGAAUCCGAAGCAGAUCCAAGAGAAAGUCCUUUGAAUUUGAGGACAUCCAAGGUUACCGAAACCGGCUAGCAGCCAUGGAGUACCAAAAGCUCCACGAAGAAUUGAAUGGCACCACAAGUGUCCGCCUCUAUUGCACGCAAUCGGAGGACAACCUCUAUGAGGACAUUAUUGAUCCUUCUAAGGAGAACCUGUAUGAAGACAUCAAAGUGAAGCCUCUAUGGAGGAUCCCCUCUGCUUGGAAGCUGCCUCCUGCCCGGAACACCAUCAAGCCUCCCAAGCUGCCCCCAAAGUCACACUUCCUUCACCGCAAAACCUUGGAGCUAAAGACCACAAGGAUCUGCCUGCGUGGGAGGUUGCCAAAGGACACAACUCUACCUGUUACGCUGACGGAGUGGAAGUUCUUCAAAGCAGGCGAGGCUGGAAGCAGGAAGAGGAAGAAUCUACCUCGGCUUGUGUUGAAGAUUCAGGAAAUCUUUGACUCCAAACGAGGGAAGAAAAGGGUGAAGUUGGUGGCCCAGACAGGAAAAGAAGUUUCUCCAGCCAGAGGUGAAACCAAUGGGUAUGACAGUGAACCGGAGAAUCUGCCAAAAAGUCGCCAUAAACGCCUGCUGCAGGUACAGGCUCAGUCCAAGAGAAAUCCACACUACCAGACUCUGGAGCGGGACCUCAUUGAGUUCCAGGAGCAGCAGCUCUUUGAGCUCUUUGUGGUGGUGUCACUACAGAAGAAGCCAUCAGAUGCGACAUAUACCCCACAGAUUAUACAGCAGUUUCCUAGCAAGCCUGACCACCCCUUUCGGCAGUCUAAGGACACUGAAGAGAGGCUAAAGGUCAUCCCCAAAUUCUGUUUUCCUGACCCCAAAGACUGGUGCCCAACAUCAGAGUCAAAGAGCGAAACUUUUUCCUUUGUGCUGACUGGUGAGGAUGGCAGCCGCUGGUUCGGAUAUUGCAAGAAGCUCAUACCAGAAGGGAAAGGCAAACGACUGCCUGAGGUAUACUGCAUGGUGAGUCGCCUCGGCUGCUUCAACCUUUUCUCUAAGAUAUUGGAUGAAGUGGAGAAGAGGCGUGAGAUGUCCCCAGCCCUGGUGCACCCAUUCAUGCGCAGCGUCAUGGAGGCACCGUUCCCUGCUCCUGGGCGCACCAUCACUGUAAAGAGUUUCCUGCCAGGAGCAGGAAAUGAGGUAAUUGAGCUUUGCCGUCCCCUGGACUCACGUCUGGAACAUGUCGACUUUGAAUGCCUGUUUAAGUGCCUCAGCAUCUCUCACUUGAUCCAAGUUUGCGCUUCUCUCCUGCUGGAAAGGAGGGUGAUCUUUGUUGCUGACAAUUUGAGCACCUUGUCCAAAUGUGGUCAUGCUGUGGUUGCAGCACUCUACCCGUUCACCUGGCAACACACUUAUAUCCCUGUCCUGCCAGAUUCUAUGAUAGACAUUGUCUGCUCACCUACCCCUUUCCUUAUUGGCAUCCUCUCCUGCUCCUUAACUCAGCUCCAGGACCUGCCCAUUGAAGAGGUACUGAUUGUUGAUCUGUGCGCAGAUACAUUUUUACAACAGGUUUCAGAUGAAGAUGAAAUCCUACCUCACAAGCUCCAGGCUGCACUCGUACAGAUCUUGGAAGAGAGAAAUGAAAUCUUGUCUCGGGAGCGGAAUUACACACAAGGUGACGUGACUCUGGACCUGUUGGUAUCGGAGGCUUUUGUGCGCUUCUUCGUGGAGAUUGUGGGGCACUACUCCCUGCACAUGCACGUCACUGAGAAAGGGGAGCGGGUGUUCCAGCGGGAUCCCUUCCGGAAGUCCCACACCUCCCGCAACGUGCGCCAUUUCCUAGACAUCUUCAUGGAGACGCAAAUGUUCGCUGGUUUCAUACAGGAUCGAGAGCUACGGAAGAGCGGGGUUAAAGGCUUGUUUGAAGUCCGUGCCUUGGAGUAUUUGGAGACCAUUCCAGAGUCUGAGCCAAGUGGGAUGAACAAAAUCCUCCGUAGUCUGGGUAGCAAAAUGAAAUUUCUGCAAAAGAAGUGAGAAGAAGCUGAGUGCAAAAUUGCUGCUAAGAGUGGUUUCAAGUUCUUGCCUGACUGUCAGAAGGGGGCACCACAUUGCCUGUUGCUGCAGUGUCAGAUGGGAUGACUCGAAUUCAAGCUCAGAUACCCUUCAAAUAAUUGAAAGAAAUGGCAGCAGAUUUGGGUGGAAUUCUCAAAUCUUUAAUGUGCCCAGUCCAACGGGACUAUUACUGGGGAAAACUAGGCUUCUGUGUCUUUGUAGAAUUGGUCUACAAAGGAGAAUCCAAUUAGCUGUGUGAACUAUUCCUGUUUAUGCUGCUUGGCCUGAAGAGACUUCCUACACCCACCUGUUUUUAUAAAUGACUCCUGCUCAAAGUAGCCCUGAGGGCUAAGCUGAUACCUUUUAAUAAGAGGAAUGAACCAGAAAUUAAA